CAGGGAGGGCGUUCAUGGAAUUGCAGAAGAGUUUCUCAUGUGGGCCCCUGUUUUGCUUUCUCUAGGCUGCAUCUUCUACUCCUGGCAAAAAGCUGCGUAUCUCUUCUGAUCAGGCCCAGUUGGUGGCAAACCUGAUCAGGCUUGUUGGAGCAAAAAAGGUAAUUGAGAUAGGAGUUUCUGCUGGGUACAAUACUUUAAGCAUGGCUCUAGUCCUACCAGAGGAUGGCAGAAUUGUUGCCUGCGAGAUAAAUGAAGAUUUGGCCAGUAUCGGAAAACCAGUGUGGAAAGAGGCCGGGGUGCUACGUAAGAUCGAUCUAAGGAUAAAACCAGCCAUUGAAACAUUAGAGGAACUUCUGGCCAAUGGUGAAGCUGGAACCUUUGACCUUGCUUUCAUCCAUGCAGACGAAGAGAGUUACAACGAUUACUACGAAAAAUGUUUACGGCUCAUUAAAAAAGGGAAGAUAUUAGUUCUUGACAACGUAAGUACUUCAGAAAAAGUGGGAGCAGAGCAGACCUUGGUGGUUUUUCUGGAUUAGAACCUGUUUUAUCUUUUUCUUUAACCUUCUUUUGGGUCACUGGCCAGAGGGGAGAAGAGAUCGGCCAUAAAGCAUAUUCUCAAUAAAAAGUAGAAGGUUCAGCCUGAGGCCCAAAUCCAAAACUACCCUUUGGAAUCUAACUUUUCUUCUCCUUCAGAAGAGCCAGUUCUUUCCAGACCUGCAA